AUGAAGGAAUGCAUUAUUGACAUCAAGCUGUCUGAUAAACCACUUAUUCGAAGCAGCGAGUGCCAGCAAAAAUCGAACUAUAUCAUUGUAUUUGAUGGGUCUGGUUCGAACUCUGUCAGUCUUACAAAGGGAAUGUUCAAAGGAGGUGGGUUCAGUAUAUGGCUGGUCAACAGAUAUAGGUUUAGGUUGAGGAGCUGUGUCAUUGAUAUUAGCAUCGGGUGCCUUGUGCAAACAAUGUCCUAUUGGAUAUCCUUGUUUCUUGAAGCACUCUGUCUCAGUGUAGCCAAUGAUACCACAUUACUUUCUCGCUUUGCUUUCUUGUCAUCAAAUGUCACUCCCAAUAAUUCACACAAAUCGCCACUCGUCGAAGCAUGCGAUUAUUCCAGAGGCCGCUGGGUGUGGGAUGAAACCUACCAUCGUCAAUUGUAUGAUGAAAACUGCCCCUUUCUGGAUCCCGGAUUCCGGUGUCGCCAAAACGGACGGAAAAAUGAAAGGUUUCGUAAAUGGAGAUGGCAACCUGAUGGCUGUGACAUUCCCCGGUUCAAUGCCAGUGACCUCCUAGAAAGGAAUCGCAAUGGACGCAUUGUGUUUGCGGGUGAUUCCGUGGGCAGAAACCAAUGGGAGUCUUUGCUAUGCAUGCUGACACAAGGGGUUUCUAACCUCUCCAAAAUAUAUGAAGUGAAUGGAAAUCCCAUAAGCAAACACAACGGUUUUCUGGUAAUGAGGUUUCAGGAAUACAACAUGACAGUAGAGUACUACAGGACACCCUUCUUGUGUGUUAUAGGUCGCCCACCACUUAACUCAUCUAGUAAUGUCCGAAGUACUAUCAGGCUUGACGAGUUGCACUGGUAUUUCAAUAAAUGGGUAGCAGCAGAUGUUCUUGUUUUCAAUUCCGGGCAUUGGUGGAACCCAGACAAAACCAUCAAGUCGGGCAUCUACUUCCAGGAAGGAGGAAGGGUAAACAUGACGAUGAACGUGAAAGAAGCAUUUAGGAGAUCCCUGCAGACAUGGAAAUCAUGGACAUUGCAUAAUCUCGAUCCAAGGAGUUUCGUCUUCUUUCGUAGCUAUUCCUCCGUUCAUUUCAGGAAUGGCACAUGGAAUGAUGGAGGAGAGUGUGACAUGCAAACAGAGCCAGAAAAUGACCCUACAAAACUUGAAAUUGAACCAUAUUAUAACAUAUUUGUAUCUGGUGUUGUCAAACAGACGCAAUACGAGAGACGGAAGGCCCACUUUUUGAACAUCACAUAUCUUUCAGAAUUGAGGAAAGACGGUCACCCUUCCAAGUAUCGGGAACCGGGUACUCCACCUGAUGCCCCACAGGAUUGCAGCCACUGGUGCUUACCAGGGGUGCCAGACACGUGGAAUGAACUUCUCUAUGCUCAACUCCUAUCUGAGAAAUUUGGCAUCAACAAAAUUUUUCCAGAAAGAGGGUAACAAAGCAGUCCAAUUUUCAUCAGAUCACAGAAUUGUUUCGCUAGCUAUACAUAAAUCGGCAUUGCUUCUUAUCAUUUAUCUUCAUCCACUUCUUCAUCUGAGCCCAUAUCACUGGCUGUCAUUUGCUUUACUUUCUCAAGCUGCCUCAAGAGAUCCAACCUCUCUGGUGCAUAAGUGGAUGGAAUCUGCAAGAGAGAAGGUCUAGUAAAAACCCUUAUGAUGUGAUAAUAGGAGAAUUGAAUCUGAAUAGGAGAUGGAAAAAAGCAGCCAGUCAUAGUGUGCAUACUAGAGAUGGUACAUAUCUCUGAAUAGCAGCCAACAUUGCUGCAUGCCCAACGGCAGUAACCUGUGCAAAAUAAACAUUUAUUCUUUAGUAGGUUUAACACUAGACCAUUACCCCAAGGACCAGAUCUAAUGUUGGAAAAUGAUAAUUUACCACACCUAAGAAAUAAAAAUAUAUGAAAUAGCAAUAAGUUCAUUUCUUUCAUCUUUUCUACAUUUUCUAUAAGCAUUAGCUCUUCAUCUUAUAUUCCCCGCUCAAAUUUAUAAGAGGCAGAGAGGAAAAAAUUAUAGGGGGAAAAAGAAUUUAAUUGAUCAUGCCAAGUUUGGCAGAGUCAGAUUCACUAGGAAAAAAAUGGUGGAAACAAGAAUCUCUCGCUUAUCCAGGUUCCAUGGUUAUCAAACUCUCUAGUUAACUCAUUAACUCUUAUAAGUUUACGAGUCCACUUACCUUCUGUGAAUUGACUUGUGUGUAAACUCUCUUUUUAGUAGACUCUGGGUAGACUCUAUAAAGUAAACUCGGUAGACUCUCGAGUUUAUCAUCAAGUUAACGAGUCAACAAGUUAAAAAAAUUAGACCAAAAUGUAAGUCAUUUUGGAUUGUUUUCUAUUUGUUUAGUGUUCAACAUACCUUCAAUUAGUGUGUUGUUUCCGAAUAAAAAAAUUCUCAUCUUUAAUAACA